GGGCUUGCCAUCAAUGGUGAGGCAAAGCUAAGCACACCUCUCGUGAGCCUAGAAACUUUAAAAAUUGGGGUAAAUCAAAUGUUUGAGGACUGGGAAGGCAAGUAAUUGGAGGGGAAACAAAGACGGAAAUACACGGCCCAAAGGUAGGUGACCAGAUCUCAUCCAGGGGGAAACAAAGGCGGAAAUACACGGCCUCCAUAGGAUCCGAUUGCGUCGGGAAACCGCCUCCACCGAGAGAGGGAGACUUCCCUUCUGCUUCUGGUGAGCAGCGAGCGAUGGCUUCAACUGCAUAUGUCUCAGGGCCAAGCCCUCUGUCCCACUUCAAAAGGAGAGAAAAAGGAGCCACCUUUUCCCACCAAAAGGCUCUUUUCUUCGCUUAUGGAGCCUUGAGGCCAUCGCCCAGGGAUCUGGUCCUGAAGAGCUCAUCAUAUGGGCGGAGGAGGAGGCCCGCCCCAACCCGCAUCAGACCCUUCUCCCCUGUCAUGGAGUGGCAGGAGUGCAGCUCUGAGAUUGAAGUUGAUGUUCCAUGUUCAGUGGCAUAUGACUGUUAUUCAGAUCGUGAAACCAUUCCACGAUGGAUGCCAUUUAUAUCAUCUGUCAAGAUUUUACAAGAUAAGCCUGAUCUAUCACGCUGGUCACUGAAGUAUGAGGUGUUUGGUCGUGAUGUUGAAUUUUCUUGGCUUGCUCGAAACAUGCAGCCUAUUCCUAAUCAGAAGAUUCACUGGCGAUCUCUAGAAGGUCUUCCCAACAGAGGUGCUGUUCGAUUUUUUCCUAGAGGCCGAUCCUCCUGCAGAAUACAAUUGACUGUUUCAUAUGAAGUUCCUGAAAUUUUAAUUCCGGUGGCAUCAGCACUGAAACCUUUCCUUGAAGGGUUGCUUGCACAUGGUUUGGAGCGAUUCGCGAUUGUUGCAAAAGAAUACCAAAGAAAGAUCCCCCAACAUUAACCUGCAAGGAGCUGCCAUAUGAAAUCCAUUAUUUGACAGCAAUAAUGCUAUGCUAGAUGCAGCUAAUUUGGUUAAAAGGCAUGAAUGCGUGCCUUCCAAUUUGAAGAAAAUGAGAUAUGAAGCUCAAUUCAUCAAGAAGUUUGAUAUUAAUGGAUAAUUUUCAUUCUGAUUUAUCUUGAUUGAUCUUAUUUCUGAUCACUUGAAUAUCCAGAUUAUUUUUAGGACUAAUCCAUAAUGCCUAUCUGUCAGGAAAUCCAGAAUAUCAUGCACAAUAAUAUGGUUUCUGGCAAUGAUCAUGACCUUGAGUGCUUAUCUAAAUAUAUGCUGACAUUGUUUUGA